CUCUCGGAGAUAUUACUCAGGGCGUUCUUCUGUGGAUCAAAGAUGAAUCAAUACAACGCCUUCGUGUCUCGCGAGGAGGAGAUGAUGGGACUUGAUCGCAGCAACGAUCUCGUCGUUUGUCCUAAGCCUCGACGUGUCGGCGUACUCGCUAACAACCUCACGCGCCCUCUCAGAUUACAUAUGAGUCAAGCUGCUGCUGAUUUGUGUGAUUCUGAAGCUGGUGCAGAGCUUUUAGACAUCAUUCGUAGAAAGGAGGACAAUGUUACAAUAGGGCCAUACUUUCUCGGUUCGCCUCCGAGCAGAGCAGCGAACCCAUUAGCCCAAGACGCACGCUUUCGAGACGAGAAGAUCAACCCACUCUCGCCCAACUCUCCUUUGCUUCAGCCCAAUUCAUCCACCGCCUUUCCUUCUCCAUCUCCAUCAUCGUCUCGUGGUUGCGUUAGGAUGAAGUUUGGACUCAAACCACCUGCAGUUAGAGUAGAAGGGUUCGAUUGCUUGAACCGUGACCGCCAGAGCUCGAGCAUCCCCGCCAUGGCUUAGUAGACAAGCCGAAAAACAAGUGUAUAUAGAGAUUCCGGAGUCGUUUGUUCACCCCAAGGCCCUAACAGAGAGAGAAGGAUUUGAUUACUAGUAUUACUAUUACCAUUUUUGAAGCAAAUGAAUAUUGUGAUAUCUAUUUAGUGUUUUUUCAUCUUUUCCUGAGAGAGAGAGAGGGAGGGUGGAGAUGAAGAUGAAGAUCAGUCAGCGUUUUGUUUAUACAUUAAUAAUUAAGGAGAAGAUUUAGAAGAAUCUGUAAAAUUUUAUCUGAGAAAAGAGGUCUGGUUUGUAUCUCUCUUCUCUUUUGGGUUUCGUUGUAAUAUAAAAUUAUCUUCUUUCUGAGUAUGUUAGUAAACGCCCUCUUUAACUUCUUGGCUGAGUUUAAGCUCUCCAACAACACCUCUGUAUAUGUGCUUUUUUUGUGUUUCAGUAAAUCUGUAUAUUAAAGCGCCGUAUUGUUCUUUUAACUUAUGGUUCUUACCAGAUCUCUUUUCAUAUAUUGUGAGAAAAGCAAAAAUUUAAAUGUAGCUUUCAGCGUGGAGUCCAUAUGUCUGCCUUAAAUGGAAACCGUUGAGUGCUUCUUUUUUGCUCUCUUACCGAGUUUCUUGCUUUACUUUAUUUUGCCGACAGUCUUUGAACUUUUUACAUAUCAAAGUCAUGGUGAAAACUGAAGUUGAACAGAUUGUUUCGUUUCUAACUCAUCUGUUACCAAAAUAACUAUGAUGUUGUGAUUAUUUAUAUGGACGAGUGCAUCGCCGUCCCUUUGAAAAUAAACUCACCAGUAUCGAAAAUAACAGAGAUGUUUACUCCUACUUCAGUGUAGUCAUUGUUGUGGCCUCUAUUCAUUCUUGCACAUCAGAGUCUGCUUUAUCAUUAUCUUCAUUUUGAUCAGGUUGUUCUUUGGGAAAAAUUCCUCGAUUUACAUAGCCGCAGAAGCACCCCAAAGUGAUAGCAUAUGCUGCAAUCUUGGUUUAACUCCUUGCCCUUGUCUAUUAUAUUCUAGCUCCUCAAUUGGAAUUGUCAAGCUUGUAAAGUGGUAACUGAGUCACUCUCCAUGUGGUUACCGAAAAUAGCACAAGUGAACAUGUUAUGUCGAGGGCUCUUGACUAGUAACUCCCCAUAAAACAAAUGUUAAAGCUCUGGAGGAAGUUUUAAUUUUCAUGAUGCACCGGGUAUUCAUGUGGAUGUGGUUACUAGAUUUCAACUUCAAAGGAUUGUGAGUGAACCAACCAAUAGCCUGACCUUGGAACUGAUGCAUGAUUUUUUAUUUGUCAACUAUCCAUUUAACUAAAUCAAAAUUUUGGUCAGACGAGCUGAUUCUCCGAGGAGCCUCUCCGACGUCUGUCCGUCUGAUGUAUCCACUCAGUUUUAUAAGUAAAAAAAUCCUUGAAAUGUUAAUUUGUAGGAAUAACUUUCUUCACACUAAUUUACUUCUAUUUAACAGAAAAAAUCACAUCAUUAGGAAAUAGGUUUUUUGAAUCUUCGUAGUGAGAUCCAAGUACAUUAACUAAUUAAUUGUGUUGUUAUAAAACAAAAUCUAAGAAAAAAGACAGUUAUUCUCGCGGCAAGACAAUUAACUGAACAAACGCAUCUGUUGAAAGAAAUAUAACUUACUCUAACGACCAUUAACCGCCAAAAAUUCUCUCUUCUCUCUCUCUCUCAUCUACAAAACCUUUCCCCUGAUCAAACCGUUAGAACUUUUUGUCACUCACUCUUUGGUUCUUCAACUCUCAAGCAUCGUCCGGUGCUUGAGAGAGAGUUUCACUCUUUUUGUGUGAAAAAAAAAACACAAAAUGGCGGGUGAUGAUGAUCCAAAACCGCCCGGUCUUGAAGACAAAGACGAUGGUGAUCCAUACUAUGAACCCUUUUCAGAGGAGGAACUCCAAAACCUUAUGUCUAAUCAAAAUCCUAACCUGAUGGAUUUUGCUUUCACCGAGAAUCCACUUCCUCCUCCUACUACUACUCCGAUUACUAUAGCAACAUCGGAUAUAAUCGAAACCGAGAUGUUGAAUCAACUCUCACUUACAAUCCCUAACUGUGAUGACACCGACGAUUUUCUUGUUACAUCAUUUGACGAUGAUAUUGACCUCUCUUGGGACUUGUCCGAUAUUCCAUCUGAGUUUCUCAACGACAACAUGGACAGUAACAUCCUAGGAGAGAUUGGUACUAAUGAUGAUAAUGGUAACAUUGUUGGUGGAACUGGUACACUUGAAGUGAGUACUCGUGUUUUUGUUGAAAACGGUCCGAACGUUGAAGCCGGUGGUGGUUCAUCAGCGCCGAUUACACCGACAGUAUCCAACGGCAUACUCGUGUGCACUUGUUGCAACCUUCUUCGAACAUUAAUCCAUAGCAAUGGUCAGGAGAUGAUGAGACUUGAUUUUCACGGAGGCAUAGGGUACUUCUGCCAUGCGAUUCUCGAGAUUCACCGGCUUGAUGGUUCUACCGAACCGCAAUAUCAAACCAUUGAUUUGAAGUUUUUGUCUAUCGAGGAUGUGAAGAGGUUUAUAGAAGAUUAUCUCGCGGCGAGAGCAGCAUGCGGUUUUGGGGUUGUGGAAGACACUAAAGCUGAUUUCUAUCAAGCAAUGAACCCCAACUUUUCCAAUAACCAGCCGCCUAUGUUGGCGUUGCCACCGGUCGAUGAUGUUCCAAUGCGUCAGGCUAUAGUGCCUGAUCCAGCCCUUAACGUUCCGUCUGUGCCGCUGUAUGUUGGGUUGAGAGAUGAACCUCCAGUGUCGAAAGGAAAGAAACGGAAACAAACCCCUCUCGCAAUACAGAGAGAACGGACUGGAAAACUAAAACUUAAGGACAUUAGCAUGCACUUCCAUCUCCCGAUUCAAGAAGCGGCUAGACGGAUGAGCCUGUGUCCGACAGUGGUUAAGAAGAUAUGCCGAAGGGGUGGGCUCUAUCGAUGGCCUCAUCGCAAGAUCAAGAGUCUUCUGAGGAAAAUCUCGUCAUUGAAAAGCUCGUUAGAGACGACAAAGGAUGCACAAGCAAAGGCCCGUGUCGAAGCAGAGAUCGAAAGACUCGAAAAGCAGAUAAAUGAGAUCUGUAGUGAAGCACUCAAAUACGCUUAAGCGGUUUUGUUUCUUUUUUGUUGAAUUAAAGUAAACUUGGAAUAUUUUUCCAGAUGAUUACAAAUACACGCGUAUGUGAUUUGUUUUUUUUUUCCAAUAAAGAAUGACUAAUAUACUUUAUAUA